GUCUUGAUGGUUCUCACUUGAACUUUGUCGUUGGUGUUAUUGUCCUUGAGCAGCUGAAAUGUGUAGCUUAGCCCUGUCCGUGAUUUGGUGAGAUGGAGGUGGCGUGUACGGAUGAGGUUAAGGUUUACAAGGAUGAGGGUGAGGAGGAAGAGCAGAAGAAAUCUUCAGAAAACCUUACCGAGGAUAAAGUCGGUUUAGUUACUGAGGGUGAAGUUCAGUACUCCCCCAAAAAUGCUUUCAAUCUCGGGUUUUUCUCCCUCGGGGACUAUUACCAUUCUUUGUUCCCAUUAUCCUUUACCCGAGGUGCCUCUCCUUACGCUGUUGCCGCUGCGGCGGCAGCGGCUGCACAUCGUGUUCACUUGUCCUCACCCGAGUCGAUCUUUUGUGCCAGCGAGUCCCAACAUGAUGUGACGUUGCAGCGGUCAGCGUGUGUCCGAUCUCCACCAUCGUUAUCGUCGAAGCAGCGAAUCAAAGCGUCUGAGGACGGGAAGUCGACACAUUCAUCGUCACCGCCUACAUGUCGCUCAGGUGUCAGAUCAAUUGCCGAUGGAUCCGACUUAGUCAACUCACAGCGCUCUGUUGAGGUCCCACCUCAGCAACCUCAAACACACGCCUUUAACCGAGCGUCGCCGUUGCUCCCAUGCCUCGAGGGGCUCCACCCUUCUUGGGGCGCUCUCAUGAGCAGCCCUCUGUACGACGCCGCUGUUCACGCCGCAGCUGCGACGGUGGCUAUCGGUUCUCCUGGGCCAGGUGCUCCUUUUUGGCCAGCAACGAUGGAGUCGCAAUCACGUGGUGCAACACAAUUGAAGCAGUUUCCGAAUCCAGAUUCCUUGCAGGCCAAAUCGUCUCCCUCCGUUGUGGCUGUGGCGGCCGCGGCCGCGGCAGCCCUCAGUCAGUCUCCGUCCCCCACAACUGCUGCUUCCUUCCACUCUGAGUUACUUAUGGCAGCAAACCUUUACGGACUCAAAACUGCUGGCAGCCACAAGCGUUCUGGAUCCCUAUUGGGUACCGACUCGCCUGUUUUCUCUUCCGGUUCUCCGUUUGCUCCUUCGACUUUCGAAUCACCCAACAGCCCAACCGUCCCCUUUCUCGAAAACCUGACCGGAUUGGCUCUGAAUCCUUCCGCUACUAAGGAUACGAAAUCUAAAGAAUGCAAAUUGGAGCGAUCACCUUCGUCGUUGGCAGUCAGUGCUCCUUCCAUGUGUCGGGGACGUGUUAAAAAUUCUCCACCGUUUCCAGAGUCAAGUGGAUUUUCCGCCACUAGAUUCGAUAGUACCAACUCCUCGACCAAAUUCUCUCCUUGCACUUUUGCUACUGACUUAUCAGUGCCUUCAUCUGAAAGCCAACCGAAAGACUUUUCAGUUGGGUCACCGUCUCGCUCAGUUUUGCCGUCUAACUGCCCACACCGUGCUACAGCAGCGGCGGCUGCUGCUGCACAUGUUCGGAUCUUCUCUCACCUCGCGGCAGUAGCCGCUGCCCAAAUUCCAGCACUACCUCCUUCAUCUGCUGCGAAUCACUUCUCCUCCCCUCCAAUUCUUCUCGAACGCUUCGACGAUUCUACAGUAUUUCAAAAGUCGAACUUCAAAAAAUCGCCAUCUUCGUCUCCCGGUUCCUUCAAAUUAAUAUCCGGUGCUAGCCCCAAUGAUGGGCCGGAAUCCGCGUCUCUUGCGAGUAACGUCGACAAGCGUCUGUCGCCUGAAAACGGUUUGGAUUUCUCAUUCGCUGACUCCGGUAUGCUAUCGGGAUCUUCCCGAUCCUUUGACGUACCUGCAUGCCCUUCAGUCCUUGUUGAGCCUUCAACUACCAACCCUGUGACGAGUAGCUCAAAGCAGUCCACUGCUCUGAACUCAUCGUCCCCUGUAACUGUUCCACACACGGACCAGCUUGACCGUUCUUCUGUCCCCGUAUCGGUGUAUACUUCUGUUGCACUAUCCACAUCCGCUGGUACCACGGUCAGCUGUAAAAGGGCGCAUAUCAAGAAACCACUAAAUGCUUUCAUGCUAUUCAUGAAAGAUAUGCGGCCACGUGUCCAAGAAGAAUGCACACUGAAGGAAUCCGCUGCUAUUAAUCAAAUCCUGGGUCGCAAAUGGCACGAGUUAUCUCGUGAGAAACAAGCCAAAUACUACGAACUUGCUCGCAAGGAAAAAGAAUUGCACCACCAGCUGUUUCCAGGAUGGUCAGCCCGCGAUAAUUACGCGAUGCAUUCUCGGCGGAAGAAGAAGCGUCGCCUUGCUGCACUGGUGGCCGCGCAGUCUACGCCUAAUCGCCAGUCCAAUGCAAAUUCUUCGGACCCAACAUCUAUCGGUGAAUGGGCUUCAGGCCAAAAACCCACUGAUGUUGCGUUGCGAUGCACUUCAUCUUCCAGUUCGAUAAAUAUGGUUGACAUUGGUAGUGCCAAGAAAUGCCGCGCUCGGUUUGGUCUCGAGCAUCAGCAUCGAUGGUGUAAACCCUGUCGACGAAAAAAGAAAUGCAUUCGUUUCAUGACUGAUUCUGAAUUUGAAGAAACGGAGCGUCAACUGUCCAAUCCCUCUUCUUCGCCGGCACGUACUUCAUCCGUUCACGUUCCUGUGUCUACACUUCCCAUCUCUAAUCUCCAAUGUUCAGUGCACCAAUCGCCUACUUCUGGAAUGAGUCCACCGCACCCAUUUAGAAAAUUAGGUCUGUGGUCUUCGUAUAUGCCCAACUUGCCUGGUUGUCGCAUCAAACGCAGUCCCCCUGUUGUGUCUUGCGACGCAGUUCCCCCGGCGGACACCAAAGCAUUUUCGAUCCAUGGUGCCUCACUUCCACAUUUUAACCUUGCGCACUCGGCGAACUCUUCAUCCUCUAUCGACAUAGUGAAAUCGACAAGCAGUGCUUUGGCUCAUGACCAAACUUCAACAACCCCUCGUGUAGCUGCACUCUUAGAAGCCGGUGUUCCCUUCUCUCCGACACAACGAAAAUCACCUCUGAAGACCAACCAUACAACCAUAGAUUUUCAUGCUUUUCUCUCCGCCACUUUAUCCGGUUCAACUGCAUCUGCUGCCAUUUCCAGGGCCCCUAGCUCCACGAAUUCCGCUAGCAUUUCCGGUGUGACACGGUGCACCGGUUCCUCACUUCUCUUUGGUUUUGGAAAUCACAAUUGACUCUUUCACAGAUCGUUGCCGCACUCCCUCGCGGGACAUUGCGCCUACUUCCGAGGAACUGGCUUCGCACGGACUUGCGCUACCCGGCCUUUACUUUUCGUUUUGUUCCUCGUUUUUUCCUCACUCUCGAGCUGAACACCCUUUGUUCGUUCUCUUUCUUCCGCAGUUCUCGCCCCCUAAUAGCUUGGCUAGUCACUCCAAAUUGCUUUCAUCAAGUACAGGCGAGCCAGCCUUCAGACACACACAAGGUCUUUCAGUCGACAUUACCCGUCGGCCUUGUUUCUGGAGCAAUAACGGCCCUUCAUGUCGCAUCUCUGCCUCGAAUCCGCCUUGUUAAUUUGUGUAUAUUCAAGUCGAAUUAUUUCAUUAACCAUUUUUGUUUCGACACUUGUUUCACAUACAAAACGUGUCUUUCCGCCCGGGCUACAUUUUACUAUGUAUCUCAUUCAAACGUUUUUCCACCUUGCAUCAACUAUUCUACUGUGAUGUUUUACACAACAUCGUUUUUAGGUGAUGUCAAUAUCCUUUGUAAAUCCAACUAUUUGCGAGUUCCCUCUAACCUUUCACGUUUGUUUGUGAGAGCGUUGCGACCUUAUUUACUCUAGCCGUUAUCCCUACUGCCGCGCGAUUUCGAUCUGCAGGAUAUGUCCUACUGAUCGGUUUUAUCUUUUCCUCCAAUCACCUUUCAGGUAUAUUCACAGCGUCUCUCAACUGCAUGCUCCACUCGGAGCCCCUACAUGCUGUCUUUAACUUGCACUUUUCCCCACCCAGUCGCUAAGUUCAUUUUUUUAACUUUUGAUCCAUGUACCAUAAUAUUAUUGUUCGCAUCAUGUUUGACCUCUCGAUACACACUGUUCUCACUCAGCACCACUACUAAAGCCUGCGAUACGCACUCUUAAUUGAAUCUGGUACUCCAUCUUUUCAGAAGGGCCUCUGAAUCCCAUCCAUGGUGCGCUUUUCUUGAGUGUCGUUCACGCACGUACAUAUGGCUUGUCACCAUUUUGAAUUCAGUCACCGAGAUGCUGAUCUGUAUCUAAUCGAAUCAAUUUAUUCAGCAUAUAACGAGUGAACUGAGCUACCAUCGAUGCUGUCGCAAUACCAGACCCGCUCAGUUCACGACGGCUUUCCAGCGGGUUCUGUACCUUAUCCCAUGAUCACGCAGUGCAAUGUUGUACAUGUUUCUUGACACCUUGCGCUUUACCCUAUAAAAUCUAAGUAGCCCACUGUGCC